GCGCUGCCGCCGCCCGCCGCCCGACGCUCUGACAAAGCAAAUGACUCGACCUGCGCGCCCUCUGCAAAUCCGUGGAAGAGAAUAAGCAACGGCUGAUUGAUGCAAUCGGCGAUAUCAGAGCGUGGACAGUAUCCACCCAGACUAUGUUAAUUCGAUGUAUGGAGACUCGGAAGAUAUUCCGCGCGGUCAGAAGUAUCCCAUUGAAUUUGCGUCGGGUCCUACAUGUGCGCGCAUGCAUUUAGCUAAUGUAGGAGCCAUGAAAGAGCUCUUGCUCGGUAAUAUUGGGAGGAACUCACGAGAUUGGAGAUCAGAGGUGCUGCUUGGAGAUGUAUAUAAACCAGCUCGAGAGAAGGAGCGUUCAACAACAACUUUCCUUCCACUCCUCAGCAGAUCAGCAAUGUCCGACGUCGAAGGUGGGUCAUCGUCGCACAUCAGUUGCUCGACGACUUGCUGACCGCACGACAACAGGAAGUUGCCACUGCGGCGCUAUUAAGCUGCGUAUCGUCGGUGGGUUUGGCGAUAAUGCUAAGGCAGUCGCAUGCCACUGCAACGUUUGCACUACGCUGGCUGGGAGUCUGUUCUCCUACCUCGCCCCCGUCCCACGCAGCAACCUCCAGGUUUUGGAGGGUACGGCGAAGGGCUACAAGCAGCCAACGUCAGACAACGUUUCCGGGAAGCAGGUCACCCGCUACUUCUGCGGUGACCGUAGUACACCACUUUGGGCCGAGUCUGAGGCUGCCCCCGGGGGAUGCUUCGUCAAGCUUGCGCCGUUCGGCAACAAGCUUCCCCCAGGUGCUGAGCUUUUCUGGAAGAACGCCUACGAGUGGCAGAAUUCGAUCGUCGCGCCGGAGGCCGUGUUUGAUAUGUUGCCGCCGCCUUCUUGAGUGCAGUCUAGGUCAAGGGAUGGUGGAAGUCCGGAGACAUCCGACGAGUCCUGUUUCAACACAGGAGUAGCCUGUCCCGGCCCUGUCUCAACACAGGCA